UAACCGCCCUUAAAGCAAUAAACGAAGAAGAACGACGCGGAAGCGUGGACUCAUGGCUGCAGCGGACGGCGACGUGAAACCGCUUCAAAGUGCCAUGAAACUGGCAAAGUCCGCGAUCCAGCUGGACGCCGACAGCAGACACCAGGAGGCGUACUGUGAAUACCUCCGGACCAUUAACUUCAUCUCACUGACACUUUUGGACGAAGCUGUGUCACAAAAAGACAGGGACGUGGUGGAGGUGGAUCGGAUGUUGAGGCUGGCUGAACAGUGUCUGGAGCGAGCCAAGUCAUCUGUAGAGAAGAGUGGUGCCCCCCCUCACAGCUCGGUCUCCACCUGCGUUUCUUCAUCUGGUCCACGCAGCCAACCAGAAACCCCUCUGCCCAUUGUCACUCCAGCUGCUGGUGCAGAGAAAAAGUCCAGCAGCCCAACAAAGUCUGGAUCCAGCAGAGCGCCGUCGGAUGGUGGAGGAGAGCAGUCGUCUUUUUUAUCUCCUGAGGUCUUCCACAGAUUGCAGACAGCAGACAUGUAUAGGACGGAGCUGACGCCUGUUGAGGAAGCAUCACUUUUGAAUUUGAAGUUGAAGUUGAAGUAUGAAGCCCGUCUGGCGAGACUUGCACCAGGACAAUCCCACCAGAAGACAUCUCUGAGUCUCUCUCUCCAGCGGCAGAUGAUGGAGAACAUAGUCAUCGCCAAAGCCAGACAGGAAGCCCUCCAGAGGAAAAUGGAGGAGCGACGACUGAGGCUACAGGAGGAGGCCAACAGGAGAUUUGCAGCAUCGGGAUCAGUGAGUGUGGAGGAGGAAGAGCAGCGUGUUCUCUACACCAGCGUCCUGGAAUAUGAGCAGGACCAUGACUGGCCCAAAUUGUGGAAAGCCAAAUUGAAGGAGAAUCCUGAUGAUGUCACCUUGGUUUCUGGUCUUGUCUCCUACCUGCUCAGCCGAUCUGACCAUCCGGUAGUGAAGCUGCUAAGGAAGCACCAGUUUCAAGUUUACAACAGGCUCUAUCCCAUUGUUAGCAAAGGUCUGCACCAGAGUCCUGCACGGUCCCCGAGGUCUCACGAUCAUCCCAACAAACUCCCUGCAGACACACAGAGGACAGCACCUGCUAGUGGUCAGAGCUUCAGCACCAAACCAUCACUCUAUCACAGGCUUGAAGACAACAGUGGUGAUGAUGAAGCAGAGCUUUGUACUCGGCUGACAGGAACUAAGGAGAACUCAUUUGAAGAUCUGGAGCUGUUCCUGACCCAGGUGGACUGGACCCGUCCCCAUGUUGAUAUAGAUGAGACCAAGUGUGUUUCAGACCCAACCUGCGAGUCCUCAAUACAGCUGGAAGAGGAUGAACAUGUUGUCCAAGAGCUGGAGGUGCGAGCACUGAAAGAACACCUGAAGGCCAUCGUGAAUGACAUUCACUUUGCCACUGAUCAGCUUCUCUCGCUGUGUUUGCUCUCCUUUGAGAGUCUAAACACAGCCAGCUCAAAGGACCUCUGCUUCGCCAGCAUCGAGGAAGCCUUUUUCACACCCCUCUGGGCCGCCCUGGUGGCUCUCUUUAGGAAAGUCCACAGGGAGCGGGAGCUGGCAUAUGAGAGGAGUAUGAAGCUGUACCGCGAUGCUUCACCUGCAGAUCUCGGCAUGCCUCUGAAACUGUUCCCUCAGGAGCCCAGCGUGCUGCACGGCUCCGCCCCCUAUCAGCCUGCUGUUGAAGAGCUGAUGCACCUCGUCACAGGCGGCUGCCCUCAGAAGAAGCUCCAAUGUAUCGUCCGUACAUUACGCCUGAUCUGUGCCUGUGCUGAAGAUUACCAGUGUGUUCAUGAGGUGGAUUCUGCUCCAAAAACAGCUGCAAUCGGUGCAGAUGACCUCUUGCCUGUCCUGUCCUUCGUGGCGCUGCGGUGUGGUUGUCCUCAGCUGGUGUCUGAAUGUGCUGCUGUGGAGGAGUUCAUUCAUGAAGGUUGCCUUCAGCUGUUCCUCUUGUGCAGGUAUUUGAUUGGAGAGGAAGGCUACUGUUUGACGUCCAUGCAGAGCGCCUUGGCCUAUGUGGAGUCCCUGCACAUGCACACGGACGUGUCUCUUACUGAUGCUAGCUGUCCGCUCUGAAAAAGAUGUCUCGGCCUUCUGGAGACACAGCCAUUCACUUUUGUUACUGUGAAGCUGCUUUGGCCUGUGAGAGGAAACCACGGCACCCAUAGACAGACAGAUAUUCCAGUUUUUAUUUCAUUUCCAACAUGUAGUAACACAUUAAAAUGUUUAAAAAGUAAAGAAAGUGGCUGAAGAGAAAUAUUCCCAUAUGGAGAAUGUUUAGUGAAGACACGGUGUCUUUUCUGGACUCUCACAGUGAAAAUGUUGUUGUUAAAUCUGAUGCUUUUGACUGAGUUACUCCCGCCUGCACUUUGUGUUCAUAUAUUUCCUGAACUGGAUAGUUGAAUGUGUUUCACAGCGUGUGUGAGAGAGUCAU